UUGUUUUGUAUUAGUGGCAAACAGGAAACUAACUUUAUUACUGAAACAUAAAACAACAACAGCAACAAUACAGACAAACAAACUGGUUGACGUGGGUUAGCUGAAGAUUGAAGUUCCGUAAAGUGCUGAAGUGUUUCGGUUGAAAUUUAUUAAAGAGAGAAAAAAGGGAGAAAGAGAGAGAAAGAAAGAGGGAGAGAGAGAGAGAGAGUGGAGAAAAAUGGCAGUAAAAAUAGCUGAUGUAUUUCGACAGAUCUUUGCCAAGGAAACAUUAUUUCAAAUACUAUUGAUAUCAAUAUGUAUUUCUAGAGCAACGAUGUCAGCGACAUCGACAACACCAACAACGCCAACGACACCAACAACGCCAACGACACCAACGACACCAACAACUGAGUCAACAACUGAGUCAACGACUGAAUCAACAACUGAGUCAACAACUGAGUCAACGACUGAAUCAACAACUGAGUCAACAACUGAGUCAACGACUGAGUCAACGACUGAAUCAACGACUGAAUCAACAACUGAGUCAACGACUGAAUCAACGACUGAGUCAACGACUGAAUCAACAACUGAGUCAACGACUGAAUCAACGACUGAAUCGACAACUGAGUCAACGACUGAAUCAACAACUGGGUCAACGACUGAAUCAACGACUGAAUCGACAACUGAGUCAACGACUGAAUCAACAACUGGGUCAACGACUGUGUCAGCAAUUGAGUCAACAACAUCAACAACAAUGCAGACAAUUGAGUCAGGACCAAUAAUAUCAUCGACAACUACAACAGAAAGUACAUCACAAAUAUUUCAAUCAACGACAUCAUCGUCAACACCAUCAUCAAUACAACAUAAUUCAUUAGCAUCAGCGUCAUCAUCAAGACAAUAA